UUCAAUUGGAUUUUCAAUUGUUGAUUUGAUACCAUAUACUUUGUGUCUCAAUUUGUAUUUCUCCAUUGGAUUUUUUAAAUAAAUACGUAAAAAGUACUAAAGAACAUUCGAUGGCUCCCACCAAACAAUCGAAUGGCAGUUUAACUGUCGCUGCCUUAUCAACACUUGGUGAAUCUGCAAACGAUUCGGCUGCGCAACAAGCACUCAGCUAUGUACGUGAUUUUUGUAUGCAUGCAACAAAUUAUCGCAAUCAACAAACUAUAGAAUCACUGGCCUUAUUAAACCGCAGUGCUUCAUUGCUCAGUACAACCGUACAACCGCAGCUGUUUAAUCCAGCACAGUUGGAAACAUCCAAACUUUUCAUAGAUUUACAUGCAGUAAUGGGCAAUUUGACCGCUGAUUCGGAUGCACUUUGGGCUUGCGUAUCAUUGUUGCAACAUUUAGGCCGUAAUUUGUCUGCCAGACGCGCAUUGGUUCAAGAUUUUCGUUUUGUACCACUUUUAGCAUUUGUUCUCAAACGCACGCAUGGACAAGAGAAGAUACAAAAAUUACUAACGCUUUUACAAGAUUUAACAUAUGGCAUACAAAUAAGCUGGGAAGAGCCAUAUUUGAUAGUGUUAUUGGAGCAACUUGUAAAUAUUAUAUACCAAGCUGCGGAGGAGAGUGAAGAUAAUCUGGCGCAGUUAGCACUCUCCGUGCUAAUAAAUUUGUGUUAUAAGAAUUUUGUUGUAAUGUUUCUAUUUUUACGUUCGGUAAACAUUUCGAAUUUUACAAAACGUAUACAAAGUUAUGGUAUGCUAGCUAGUAAAAUUUUAAUAAUUCUAAGCGAAGACACGCAUACGCCAAAUCAAAAAGAUUUGGAUUUGUUUAUACGUUCAACAUUCGCAACAGUUGAGGAGUGUGUCAAGAGUUGGAACGUGCCAUAUUUACAACAUAUAAUCGAAUUUCUUUUGGACUCUAAGUCUCAUACGUGCCUACACCGUUCAAUGCUAAGUUACACGCACUAUUGUGAAGAUGUGGAGCGCUUGCUUAAUCAACUGGAGGCUAGCGGUGUCAAUGAAGAAACGGAGGAACAAAUUACCAAACAACAACACACCUGUCUGAGCUUAAUUUUUCGACUGAUACGUUAUAUUUUACAAUUGAGCACCAUGCCAAGUGUAGAUGAUAAGGAAAAUGUUAUAAGCUUAGACUCCAAUGUGCCUAGAAUAUUCGAGUUGCUUGGCAAGUGGCUGGAAUCCGAAGUUUGUGGCGUUGACGCGGUCGAUUUGCUGAAUGGCUUAAUAACACUUGUGCCCAAGGAAUCAAUACCAGCGCGUAUAGCACGUGAUCCCUCGUACAUUGUACAAUUGAUUGGCAUAUCAGAGAAACCCGAGACAAGUGCACGCCAUAUAUCUGUAAUCCUGCAGCUGCUGUCGUCGCUACUGCAUCAAUCCAAGACUGAAAAACUAAUUUUAUCACGCAUUACAGAAUCAUAUUUCGAUAAAAUAUUUGCGCCACUUAUCAGCAGCGGCCGCAUAGAUAUGCCGUUAAAUGCAAUCACGCCAGAAGAAAUUGAAAAAUACACCUAUUGCCUGCUGCUGCUGAUAAACUUUGCUGGCAUUGCAAAGAAAGCAUAUUUCGAAAAAUGUUGUACGCUACUGCAAUUUCCAACCAUACAAAAUGCCUUGGCACGUGCUAUGGUUGGUGGCAGCGAGUCAGUGUGUAGUGCAGUUUUUCAAAUUUCACAAUUUGAACGUUUCCCGCAAGCUCAAGUGGCAAAUCAUAUCUCGAAACUAACGCCUUAUAAAAUCAGUGCAGGCGUCGGUUCGAGCUCGCAGGUAGAUAACGAUCAAUGGCAAAAGUUGAAUAUUAUAAUGAAAAGUCACAAAACAUUUGUGGGCAAAGAAAUGGAAGAACGUCUCAACGCGCUGAUUGAGUUGAUAAGUAACGCGCAUCGUAAUAAUCAGCUACAGAAUGUAGCUAUGUCGCAGAUCAUUGAGUUGUUCAAUUAUAAAAGCGAAAUAUUUAGCUGUUCGGAGAAUUGCAUGCAAAGGCGUUUGGAAAUAGCAAGUGAGGAGAUAACAAAUCUAACACAGCGUAUUAAUUUGCAAAAUGCUGAGCUACAAAAAUAUGAAAUGAUGAAUUUUGAGCUGCAUGUCAAUCAGGAAGGUUUACAAACACAAUGCCAAGAUUUACGGCAGCAAAAGGAUAAUCUUAAGCAUAAUUUGGCGAGUUUGAUGAAAAAACUGUCUGAACAAUCGGAGUCAUUGCAAAUAAGCGAAAAGCGUUUGGCUGUUAAAGUGUCUGAAGUUAUAGUAUUGCAAAAGGAAAAUGGUGAGCUAAAGGAGGAGCUGAUUAUAAAAACGAAGGAACUGGAAAAGUUGCAAGCCAACAGCAGGGAGAAUACUGCGCGCAUAGAAAAGCUGAAAGUGUCCAUCGCUGCCUUCGAGCUUGAUAUAAAAGAAAAAUCACGUAUCAUUGAAGAGCGUGAACGGGAGUUGAGCAAAACGCAAAAGCUGUACGAAGAACAAAAAGAAGCUAAAAAGAAAUCAGACGAUGUUAUAACCGUAUUGGAGGCGCAAAUACAGGAUAAAAAUGAGCAAAUACGUAAUUACGAGUUGGAACUCAGCGAAACGGAGGAGUUACGCAAAACUAUUAUGAGCCUAAUGGAAAGUAAAAAGCCCAAGCGGAAAACAUAAAACAGCGUGCGUACUUAAUAAAGCAGAUGUGUGUUGAGAAAAUCAGUAAAAUUUAUUAAGUUUUAGUAUUAUUAGAAAUUUUUAUUAAUGUAUUUCAUAAGACGGUGCGUAAAGGAGUAUAGUAAGCAAUUUUCGGCAUUUUUUAAAUUAUUUUUACAAUAGUAGAUUUUAGCGCUUAUAUAACUAAGUACAUAUUUAGUCAACAAUUUAUAUAUUUUUACGCACAUUCGUACACACAUCAAUUACAUUAUGCAUAUACGAACUGCUCAUUAAAUGUAAUAAUGAACAUAUUUCAUUUCCAUCUUUCUUUUUUAUACAAAUUUGUCAAAAUAAAUUUUAACAACAAUUAUAUAACAUACAUACAAACAAGUACUAGCUAUACAAUAGAUUUGUAAUAUGUUUUUAGGUGUACAGCACCGCACACAUUUAAUUAUUAUAUAAAGGAAUACUAC